CAGAGGCCCGGGCGCUCUGCCUUCCCACGAUCCGUGAUCCAGCCGCGGCCAAGCAAAGCAGAAUCCGCCCCUUUGCGCUCGCUUCCCGGGCCGCAGACGCCGCUUCCAGGUCAACGGCGGCCUUGACGGCGCCGGGCUCUUGCACGGGUCACCCCGGCCCGAGAAAUACUCUGUCGACUGUUGAUUUGGUGGUUCUGAGACCUGCUACUUAUAACAGAAAAGGCCAGAAUAUUCUGGGGAGAAGAAAAGGAAAGUGAAGGUACAAAGAAGUCACCAUGCCUGUCAACAUCAGAGAUGUGAUGCAGCUCCUCUGCCAUAUUUCUGAAGAGCGAAAAAUGAAAGCCGCCUUCAAGCACUCCGGACGAGGCGCCUUGGUGGUGGGAACAACGGCUUUCUUCGGAGGUUUGAUGGCAGGCCCACCUGGCAUUGCUGUCGGAGGUGCCAUUGGUGGCUUGCUUGGGGCCUGGAUGACCUCCGGACAGUUCAAGCCCAUUCCUCAGAUAAUCCUGGAACUGCCACCUGCGGAGCAGCAGCGGCUUUAUGAAAACGUCUGCGCCAUUAUUCAGAAUCUGGAUUGGACCGACGUAGCCCAGCUCACAGCCUUGGUCAUGGCCAACGGUGCCCUUCAGGAGAAAUUGCUUGGAGUCCUGACAAACUAUAUCACUACUGAACUCAGAGGGGAGAUCCAGUAUGGAAAGUAGACUCUGAUGUUUGUGUUUCAGGGGUGUGUGAGUGCUCUUAAUACCCUUUUCUCUGGUGUUUUAGAUUUCUUAAGAUUGCAGUUUUUAUAAGGAAUGACAAGGUGUCAACUGUGCAUUUUUUUUCUUUUACCCCAAAUAAUCUUUUUGGGGGAAACAAACAAGGCAAACUUUGGUUUGCUCGUUCUGGUUUUUUCUUUUUCAUAAUUAGUCCCUAUUUCAAUAGCCAAGGGUGGAUCAAUUUGAGCCUCAAUGUUUAUUGUAUUUAUUUGAAAAUCUGUUUAUGCCACCCCAAAAAUUCCUUGUGGUAUUUUGGAGUGCCUUGCUGAGUAAGUACCUCUGUUUCAUCAGACCUUCUAAGCAGCUGCCUCUGUGAGUGAUGCCAUCAAAGAACGUGCCACCAUUGCGUCUUUGCACUGUGGUCAAGGAUGUAAUGGCAUUUGCACUAUAAUGACAUCGCCAUUUGCUGCUCUUCGAUGCGCAUCAUGCUAGAUGAAUGAGGAUGAUACACUGCACAGGUGUCAGCCUUUCCUGCCCAGUUACAAGGGUUGGAUUUAUGACCAAUUAUCCUACCCAAAUAUAUUCUUUGGCUGGAGAGAGAGACAGGCUGAUGUUUAACAUAUCUUCAGGAUGCCAAGUUGGGGAAACCUAAUGUAGAUAACGGCACUGUGGUUGAAGUACGUGGUGUCCACUUGGCCACAUUAGAAUGAUCGACGUCAAAUGACUUGGAAUUUCUUAGAUGGGGAGGUUCACUUCUCCAUGGGACAUAUUACUUCUCCCGCUGCCUUAAUUUUGAGAGGGUGAAGGAGUGAAAAGUCGAAAUAGUCCGGAGCCAAAAAUGUAGCAGGUGAUUCAUCUUAGGUAUUUCUCCUGAAGAUAAAAAUGCAAAUAAAGCUGAAUUUUUAAUGUGUGAACA